AUGGCUGAUAGCAGCUGUGGUAAAAAAUCCACAAAGUGCCCCCACUGCUCAUCUGCUUCUCAGAAAAAUGCACUUUGUACAUGUUCUUGUAAAACAAAGCUUUCUCCAAUGUCAGUGGUGGAAAUGUCACAGACAUCAAGCACAGGCAGUUCAGAAUUUAUAUUUUCACCAGAAAAAAAAAAAGAAAAAGGAGCCAGCAAAGAUGUUACCUCUGGAAAAGAUUCGCCCUCAAAAUCUUCAAAUGUAGAGAGAAAACCAUCUCAACAACAGUGGGGUCGGGGCAACUUCACAGAAGGAAAAGUUCCUCACAUAAGGAUGGACAAUGGAGCUGCUAUUCAGGAAAUCUAUACCUUUGGAAGAGUACUGGGACAAGGGAGCUUUGGAAUGGUCAUUGAAGCCAUAGACAAGGAAAGAGAAACUAAGUGGGCAAUUAAAAAAGUGAACAAAGAAAAGGCUGGAAGCUCUGCUGUGAAGUUACUUGAACGGGAAGUGGACAUCCUAAAAAGUGUGAAACAUGAACAUAUCAUACAUCUGGAACAAGUAUUUGAGACACCUAAGAAAAUGUAUCUUGUGAUGGAGCUUUGUGAGGAUGGAGAACUCAAAGAAAUUCUGGAUAGGAAAGGUCAUUUCUCAGAGAAUGAGACAAGGUGGAUCAUUCAAAGUCUCGCCUCAGCUAUAGCCUAUCUUCACAAUAACGAUAUAGUACAUAGAGAUCUGAAACUGGAGAACAUAAUGGUUAAAAGCAGCUUUAUUGAUGCUAACAAUGAAAUGAACUUAAACAUAAAGGUGACUGAUUUUGGCCUAGCAGUGAAGAAGCACGGAAGGAGUGAGGUCAUGCUGCAAACCACAUGUGGGACACCCAUCUAUAUGGCCCCUGAAGUUAUCAAUGCCCACGACUAUAGCCAGCAGUGUGACAUUUGGAGCAUAGGUGUCAUAAUGUACAUUUUAUUAUGUGGAAAAGCACCCUUUAUGGCAAGCUCAGAAGAGAAGCUUUUUGAAUUGAUAAAAAAGGGGGAACUACAUUUUAAAAAUUCAGUCUGGAAUUCCAUAAGUGAUUGUGCUAAAAGUGUUUUGAAGCAACUUAUGAAAGUAGACCCUGCUCACAGAAUCACAGCUAAGGAGCUGCUAGAUAACCAGUGGUUAACAGGCAAUACACUUUCUUCAGCGAGACCAACCAAUGUGUUAGAAAUGAUGAAAGAAUGGAAAAAUAACCCAGAAAGUGAUGAGGAAAGCACAACAGACCAAAGAGACAGCAGGUCUGGACAAGAGGAGUUGAAAGUUUACAAACCCAGCCGAAAUGUCCCUGAUGUCAGUAACUCUUCAGAUGAAGAGGAAGGAAAACAGCCCACUGCUUAUGAAAAGACUCCUGUGCCCAGUAAGAAGGAAAAUAUAGACAACUUUGACACAAGUUUUACAAGUUCUGUAGGUAGCAGACUCCCUCCAGUUGAGCUCAAGGGAGAAGUUGAGAAACCACCUGUGACUUCAAGCCAAGGAACAGCGGCCAAAGGCACUGCUAAAUCCUUUGCCCUGCCUAGAUCCAAAAAGAAGCCCUAA